GUCCUCGGUCCUUCUGCUGCUAAGCCUCGGCUAGCUCCUCCUGACAGAAGCUAGCAGCAGAGUACUAAUAAAUAAAUUGUAGUUAGUCCCGAAUAGCUUUUUUUUUAGGAGCGGUUUGUGGGGGUUAUAAUGGGCGGCAGAACGAGUGCGAUAGCUGCGGGGCUGUGCGGGGCUCUGUUAAUCGGUUACUGCAUUUAUUUUGACAGGAAAAGACGGAAUGACCCGAACUUCAAGAACAGGCUGCGGGAACGAAGAAGAAAGCAGAAGGUGGCCCAAGACAAAGCAGGGUUGGCAAAGCUCCCUGACCUGAAGGACGCGGAGGCCGUGCAGAAGUUCUUCCUGGAGGAGAUCCAGUUGGGAGAAGAGCUUCUUGCUCAGGGGGACUAUGAGAAAGGUGUGGACCACCUGACCAACGCCAUCGCGGUGUGCGGCCAGCCUCAGCAGCUUCUGCAGGUGCUGCAGCAGACCUUACCUGCACCGGUCUUCCAGAUGCUGCUCACCAAACUGCCCACCAUCAGCCAGCGCAUUGUGAGUGCACAGAGUGCGAGUGAAGACGAUCUAGAAUAAAGAACCGAGCAGAACCCGCCUCCCUUCAUGGACCUGGACCCUGACCUGGACCUGCCAAUACCUCGGACAUUAGACACGUCCAUCGACAUGUACCAACAGGAUUUGUUGGGUUAUUUUUAUUUCUGAAGUUAUUCACAUCAACAUGUUUACUUGUUAUUUACUUUUAGGGUAAAUUGAUCACAAAGUGGCAAAAAUACAAGAAGCAUGUUCAGUUUCACUGCAUCAAAAGACGAGUACUGGCUGGACCGAGGUCUGCUGAAAACCACUUCGUCCUUCAGGAGUCUGCACCCAUCGUCUCUCACACACACACACACACUCUGACAGUCCCAGGUUAACACCAUCCAUCUUGACAAUAUCAUUAUAAAGUGUCAGAAGAAGAGUCUUCUCUCUGCUUUGAAACUUUCAGUAUUUAUUGUUUUUAGUCUUUUUGGUUUAAACUUGUAAACAUUUUUUUUUUAAGUAAAAUUAUUUGUUCAAGUUUAAGAAAAACGCUCUUUGGAAGAAAAAAUAAAAAGUGAAAACUU